AUGGCGGCGCCGUCGCGGCUCCUGAUCCGCGGGGGCCGCGUGGUCAACGACGACUCCUCGCAGGUGGCCGACGUGCUGGUGGAGGACGGCGUGGUGCGGGCGCUGGGGCGCGACCUGCUGCCACCCGGGGACGCGCCGGCCGGGCUGCGGGUCCUAGACGCCGCCGGCAAGCUGGUCUUGCCCGGAGGCAUCGACACGCACACGCACAUGCAGUUCCCCUUCAUGGGCUCGCGGUCCGUGGACGACUUCUACCAGGGCACCAAGGCUGCCCUGGCAGGAGGCACCACCAUGAUCAUUGAUUUUGCCAUUCCUCACAAAGGCCACUCCCUCAUCGAGGCCUUCGAGACCUGGCGAAGCUGGGCUGAUCCCAAAGUCUGCUGUGACUACAGCCUUCAUGUGGCGGUGACAUGGUGGAGUGACCAGGUUAAAGAAGAAAUGAAAAUCCUUACCCAAGAUAAAGGUGUGAACUCCUUCAAGACGUUUAUGGCCUAUAAAGAUCUGUACAUGCUGAGAGAUGUGGAGCUGUACAAGGUCUUCUCUCGGUGCAAGGAAAUUGGAGCAAUUGCUCAAGUUCAUGCAGAAAAUGGAGACCUAAUUGCAGAGGGAGCAAAGAAGAUGUUGGCUUUGGGGAUAACGGGUCCCGAGGGCCAUGAGCUGGGCCGCCCAGAAACGGUGGAGGCGGAAGCCACGCUGAGAGCCAUCACCAUAGCCGGCGCCGUGAACUGCCCUCUGUGCGUCUUGCACGUGAUGAGCAAGUCCGCAGCAAGGGUGGUAGCAGAUGCCAGGAGGGAAGGGAAGGUGGUCUAUGGAGAACCCAUCGCAGCAGGUCUCGGCACAGAUGGCACUCACUACUGGAAUAGAGAAUGGCUCCAUGCAGCCCAUCACGUUAUGGGUCCACCCCUACGACCGGACCCUUCAACGCCUGACUUCCUCAUGAAUCUAUUGGCUAAUGGUGAUCUAACCAUAACAGGGUCUGACCACUGCACUUUCAACACCUGCCAGAAAGCUCUUGGGAAGGAUGAUUUUACUAAGAUUCCCAAUGGAGUGAACGGUGUUGAGGACCGGAUGUCAGUAAUAUGGGAAAAAGGCGUGCACAGUGGCAAAAUGGAUGAAAACUGGUUCGUGGCAGUUACCAGCACAAAUGCAGCUAAAAUCUUUAAUCUGUAUCCAAGAAAAGGAAGAAUAGCUGUGGGCUCAGAUGCUGACAUUGUGAUUUGGGACCCAAAAGCCACAAGGACCAUUUCGGCAAAAACUCAUCAUCAGGCUGUUAACUUCAACAUCUUCGAGGGCAUGGUGUGCCAUGGGGUGCCCCUGGUGACUAUUUCAAGAGGCAAAGUGGUGUAUGAAGGUGGGGUUUUCAAUGUCGCAGCAGGAGACGGGAAGUUUAUUCCUCGUAAACCAUUUGCUGAAUAUAUUUACAAACGGAUCAAGCAGCAGGACCAGGUAAAAUCAGAGAAAAGGAUGCUGCUGUUCCCAUCCCAGUUAAACGUUGUCAGCCCGCGGAGAAGCAGGCCUUAUUUCAACUCCCCAAGAUCCUUUUGAAAAAAUAAUCGCUCUGGGCUUCUUUGAUUUCCUUUCAGAAGCAAUUGCCGUCUUUCUUACUGUGACUUUGUUGCUGUGUAAGAUUGAAGAUAUAAAUGAAUAUUACUGUGAUGGAAAGUCUGUGUGAAAAUUCACUGAUGAUACUUUAAAAUGUCAUCUUUGCUUGCACCAGAUUUCUUACUUUGAAUUUUAAAAAAUCACUUUCUUGUUAAAGUUU